CAGAGGGAAUGGCUUCAAGCUGCGCCAGGGAAGGUUCAGGCUGGCCGUUAGGAAAUACUACUACUCUGAAAGGGUGGUCAGGCACUGGAAUGGGCUGCCCACAGUGGUGGUGGAGCCAUCGACUCUGGUGGUGUUCAAAGAGCGUUAGGAUGUUGUGUUGAGGGACAUGGUUUAGCGAGAACCAUUGGUGAAGGGCUAAUGGUUGGACUGGAUGAUCCUGUGGGUCUUUUCCAACCUUAGAGAUUCUAUAAUUGUAUGAUUCUGUGAUCUCCUCCUGAUGCUCUGCACACCAGCCGAGCAGAGCAGCGGCGCUUCCCCAUGGGCGGAGGGGCACGCGUCACAGUGAGAGCAUUGUGAUGCAAUCACCCUGCAGAGUAGCAGAAGCACCGCUCCCUGGGCACAGAGAGCACUUGGUGCUGAGCACCGGCACUGCGAGGAGGUGGGAGAGAUUGGGAGAGGAGACUGAAGGCAGAGAGUGCCCCCGGUGCCCUCCCAGCCCACAGCGUGGUCAAGGACUGUUGCGAAUCCAUCUGCAGCUGUGCUCACUGAGUGGUGAAGCCAUGGCAGAGAAGAACACCUGUGAAAAACUGAUGGAAGACAACGCUGAGUCAGGCGCACUGCUGCAGGAGCUCAUGGAGUGUAAGAAGAGGUCUGCAGAGCUGGCAGCUGUUCUCCGAGAGCAGACCAAAGUCCGUGAGGCACUGAAGGAGGACGUGGAGAUGGAGAUGAAAAAACUCCAGAAGGCACAACGGAGGGUCGAAAAGCGCACUGCCCCGAGGAAGAUGACACGCAGGGAAGAGCACAUGAGUUCCCUGAUGCAGGAGGCAGUGGCAGUGCGAUUGGAUGAGCAGACGGCAGCACAGAAGCACCCACUUGUAACCACCUGGCUGCGGGCGUUUCUGCUGUUCUUGGGCCUGCUGCAGCUUGUCUUCUUCACCCUGUUUGUGCUGCAGAAGGACAUCCUUCACUGGGUCCUGCCUGGAGAGCUGGCGACUGCCCUUGGCAUCCGUCCACCUAAGCCCGCUCUUUUCUGACCCCACAACACACUGCGGCCCUUCAUCGGGACACCAUUGGGUCUGCACAAGCAUGAGGGGUCUGUCACCAUUGUCACCCUGUCACCAAUCAUGUCAAUAAAAUCCAUCCCAAUUCCCAAA